GCUUGGUUAGGUGUUUUUGUUAGCAGACACGUUCACCUUAGUUCACGCGCUUUGGGUUACCAGAGAAAUACUUUCCAUUGAACCAAGAAAUUCAGGAAUUGCGACAAUAAUCGUUUUUCCUAUCGUGACAUCAAAAAACAUCCGAGGAUAAGCCAUGUUGAGUAAGGAUGUCGCCGAUAUUGAGAGUAUCCUGGCACUGAACCCUCGGGUGAAGACCCACGCUGAGAUCUUCUCCACGGCAACCAAGAAGAAGGAGAAGAAACACUGGAAGAGGAACCCAGAGAAGAGCUGUGAUAGCUGUGUGCAGCUGGAGAACAACUUUGAUGACAUCAAGCACACCACCCUGAGUGAACGGGGGGCCCUGCGGGAGGCCCUGAGGUGUUUGAAAUGUGCUGAUGCUCCGUGUCAGAAGAGCUGUCCUACCAACCUGGACAUCAAGACCUUCAUCACCAGCAUCUCCAACAAGAACUACUAUGGCGCAGCGAAGUCCAUCCUGUCAGACAACCCUUUGGGUCUGACCUGUGGGAUGGUGUGCCCAACGUCAGAGCUGUGUGUGGGGGGCUGCAACCUGUUUGCCUCCGAGGAGGGGCCCAUCAACAUCGGAGGGCUGCAGCAGUUUGCCACCGAGGUGUUCAGUAAGAUGGGGAUCCCCCAGGUGAGGAACCCGGCUCUGCCCCCCGCAGACCAGAUGCCCCCCAGCUUCCAUUCUCGAAUCGCUCUGAUUGGCUGCGGCCCGGCCAGCGUGAGCUGCGCUUCCUUCCUGGCGCGCCUGGGCUACGAUGACAUCACCGUGUUCGAGAAGCAGAAGUUCAUCGGAGGACUGAGCACAGCAGAGAUCCCCCAGUUCAGACUACCCUACGAGGUGGUGCAGUUUGAGAUAGACCUGAUGAAGGACCUGGGAGUUAAGGUGGUGCUGGAAAAGGGUCUGGGGGUAGAUGGGAUGACCAUCCCCUCUCUGAAGGAGCAGGGCUACCAGGCUGUCUUCAUCGGGAUUGGUUUGCCCCAGGCCAACAGAGCCAAGAUCUUCAAGGGUCUGACUAUGGAGCAGGGCUUCUUCACCUCCAAGGACUUCCUCCCCAUGGUGGCCAAGGCCAGCAAGACAGGGAUGUGUAGUUGCCGUGGCUCCCUGCCUGAGUUGAGGGGCGUGGUCAUCGUGCUGGGGGCGGGAGACACAGCGUUUGACUGCGCUACGUCGGCGCUGCGCUGUGGAGCCAGGAGGGUGUUUGUGGUGUUCAGGAAGGGCUUCACCAACAUCAGAGCUGUCCCAGAGGAGAUGGAGCUGGCCAAGGAGGAGAAGUGUGAGUUCCUGCCCUUCCUGUCUCCGCGUGAGGUCAUCAUGAAGGCGGGCCGCGUGGCCGGACUGCAGCUCUGCCGCACAGAGCUAACGGAGGCUGGUGAUUGGCUGGAGGACGAGGAGCAGAUCGUACGCCUCAAGGCCGAUUACAUCAUCAGUGCCUUCGGGUCGAUGCUGGACGACCCCCAGGUCCAGGCAGCGCUGGCUCCGGUGAAGCUGAACCGCUGGGGCACCCCGGAGCUGGACUCAGACACCAUGCAGACCAGCGAGCCCUGGGUGUUCGCCGGCGGAGACAUCGCUGGACUGGCCAACACCACCGUGGAGUCGGUCAACGACGGCAAGCAGGCCUCCUGGCACAUCCACAAGUACCUGCAGUCGCUGCAUGGCCAGACGGUGGACAGCACUCCCACCCUGCCUCUGUUCCACUGCUCCAUCGACACGGUGGACAUCAGCGUGGACCUCUGUGGCAUCCGCUUCCCCAACCCCUUCGGCCUGGCCUCAGCCCCGCCCACCACCUCCACCGCCAUGAUCCGCAGGGCCUUCGAGCAGGGCUGGGGGUUCGCCCUCACCAAGACCUUCGGCCUGGACAAGGACCUGGUGACUAACGUGUCUCCUCGUAUCGUGCGUGGCACCACGUCAGGGCACGUGUUCGGCCCCGGCCAGGGAUCCUUCCUCAACAUCGAGCUGAUCAGUGAGAAGACUGCAGCCUACUGGUGCCAGGGUGUGACCGAGCUAAAGGCUGACUUCCCCAAUAACGUUAUCAUCUCCAGUAUCAUGUGCAGCUAUAACAAAAGUGACUGGACAGUGCUGGCUAAGAUGGCUGAGGCAUCAGGAGCAGAUGCGUUGGAGCUAAACCUGUCCUGUCCUCACGGGAUGGGAGAGAAAGGCAUGGGACUGGCCUGUGGACAGGACACAGAGCUGGUGAGAAACAUCUGCCGCUGGGUACGGCAGGCCACCACUAUCCCCUUUUUCGCCAAGCUCACGCCCAACGUCACCAACAUAGUGGACAUCGCCAAGGCUGCACACGAAGGCGGGGCUGACGGGGUCACAGCCACUAACACGGUGUCGGGGAUGAUGGGGCUGAAGGCCGACGGCUCUCCCUGGCCCGGCGUCGGCAAGGGCAAACGCACCACCUACGGAGGAGUGUCUGGUAACGCUAUCCGUCCCAUUGCUCUGCGGGCGGUGUCGGCCAUCGGCCGGGCCCUGCCAGGGUUCCCCAUCCUGGCCACCGGGGGCAUCGACUCUGCUGAGGCCGGCCUGCAGUUCCUCCACGCUGGGGCCUCCGUACUGCAGGUGUGCAGCGCGGUGCAGAACCAGGACUUCACCCUGAUCGAGGACUACUGCCUGGGGCUGAAGGCUCUGCUGUACCUGAAGAGCCUGGAGGAGCUGCAGGGCUGGGACGGCCAGUCUCCGCCCACACUCAGGCACCAGAAGGGGAAACCUGUCCCCCGCGUGGAGGAGCUGGUGGGGAAGAGCCUGCCCAGUUUCGGGCCCUACCUGCAGGAGCGCACCGACGCCCUGGCAGAGUACAAGAAGAGACUGAGAGACGCCAACGACAACAUCGUCACGGAAACCAACGCUGCCCGCGUCAACAUCCCCAAGAAACCCGUACCUUCUGUCAAGGAUGUGAUCGCCAGGGCUCUGAAGCAUAUCGGGGCGUACCAGGAGCUGGAUAACAAGGAGCAGGUGGUGGCCCUCAUAGACGAGGAGAUGUGCAUCAACUGUGGCAAAUGUUACAUGACCUGCAACGACUCUGGAUACCAGGCCAUCACGUUCGAUCCAGAGACCCACUUCCCCGUGGUCAUGGACACCUGCACCGGCUGCACACUCUGCUACUCUGUGUGCCCCAUCAUCGACUGCAUCCAGAUGGUCACCAGGACCACCCCCUACACCCCCAAGAGAGGCCUGCCGCAGGCGGUCCACCCUGUUUGCUAGGGGAGAGGGGAGUGGUGAGGGAGAGGAGGGGUGAGGGAGAGAGGGUUGAGGGA